CCAACCCGCACAGCGAUGGCGAACUCCAGGAAGUUUUACGGGUUUUCGACCAAACUUUUGAACGGCCAAACGCUGAACUUCUCUAAGUUCAAAGGGAAAGUGGUUCUGAUCGAAAACGUGGCGUCGCUGUGAGGGACCACCGCCCGAGACUACACUCAGAUGAAUGAACUGCAGUCGCGAUACAGCAGAGAAGGCUUCGCAGUCCUGGGGUUCCCCUGCAACCAGUUUGGGUUCCAGGAAAAUGUUUAUAAUGAGGAAAUUCUUAACUCAUUGAAGUAUGUGCGUCCAGGCAAAGGAUUUGAGCCUAAUUUCCAGCUAACUCGAAAGAUUGAAGUCAACGGAGACAAUGAAGAUCCGAUUUUUACAUUUCUGAAAGCAAAGCUGCCUCGCCCUGCUGAUGGGCAAGAAUUGCUAAUAGAUCAAAAUAGGUUUAUUGUUUGGAAUCCAGUCAGUCGGAAUGACGUAGGUUGGAAUUUUGAGAAAUUUCUUAUUGACCGCGAUGGAGAACCGUACAAACGCUACAGCAAUGCCUACUUCACCAUUGAUCUCGCAGAGGACAUUGAAUUUCUACUACAAAAGGUAUAA